AUGGCCAAAGGCGAACAGCAUCGACAACAGAGGCGAAUUCUAAAUCCGGCAUUCGGUCCUGCUCAAAUCAGGGAAUUGACUAGCAUCUACGUUGAAAAGGCUCACCAGCUCCGCGAUCUCUGGCGUGACGAAAUAUUAAAACGCGGGCUAGAAUCAGCGCAGAUCGACAUUUUCGCCGGGUUGACCCAGGCGGCGUUAGACAUGAUCGGCUUAGCAGGGUUCCACCAUGAAUUCGGUGCAUUGAGCUCACAGAACGGCGACGAGCUUAUCGAAGCUGUUCACAUCCUAUCUCAGUUGGCGUCAAAGCUGACCGCAAAUUUCCUACGUUUUGUCAAGUGCUAUAUUCCCUCUCUUCGUUUCAUACCAGACCCUAUCGAAAGGCAAGCUAAUGUUGCUCAGGGCAUUAUGCGACGCAUAGGCACGCGGCUUGUGGCCGAGAGCAAGGCUACAAUUGCGAACGCGCGAAAAGGGGAGAAAGGGGUUCGCCUGGAUGGCCGCGAUCUGUUAACGCUCCUGAUAAAGGCUAAUAUGAGCUUGGCGGCGCACCAGCAACUCUGUGACGAGGAUGUAAUAGCUCAAAUUGUUACGUUCCUCGUUGCCGGACAUGAUACAACCGCCCAUGCUGUUGCCUGGUCCUUGUAUGCCCUUGCCUGCGCCCCGCAGGUACAGAGAAAGCUACGCGAAGAACUGCUUCAUGUCCGCACCGAGAAUCCAUCCAUGGACGAGCUGAAUGAGCUCCCAUAUCUCGAUGCAUUUGUUAGAGAGGUGAUGCGAGUGCACUCUCCUGUCCCGGUGGCACUCCGACAGGCGGACAAAGCCGAUAUGAUACCGCUUGCCCACCCUGUAGUUGAUGAACGUGGUCAGGUCCAUGAUGUAGUCAGAAUCCAGGAGGGCCAGACUAUAGUAAUUCCCAUCGCGAAUAUAAACACAUCGAAGGAUCUCUGGGGCGAGGACGCACUCGAAUUCAAACCCGAACGAUGGCUCGAGAACAUCCCUGAGACCAUCCAGCAAGUUCCUGGUGCAUGGGCUAAUUUGAUGACUUUUAUGGGUGGACCGCGAGCGUGUAUUGGGUUUCGUUUUGCUCUUGCCGAGACAAAAGCUUUGCUAUUUUCGCUGGUGUCUGCCUUCGAAUUUGAGCCAUCGACGUCGCAUGAUGCAAUCUUCUCAGUAUCUUCGAUCCUUGAGCGCCCAUAUGUCCAAGGCGAGGAAGAGAAGGGACCUCAGUUGCCGUUGCUACUUAAGCCUUAUCAGCGAUCGUAG